ACGAUGUUUUAAACUCCACAGAAAUAUGUUCCUUGCAGGACCUUCGGCAAUCCAUUCAAGCCAGCAAGUUUGGAGAGCGUGUUGAGUUUAAUCAAUUCAUAACGUCGAGAUGGAGCCGAACUCACUGAAGUGGGUGGGCUCGUCUUGCGGUUUACAUGGACCAUAUAUAUUCUAUAAAGCCUUUAAAUUUACCCGGGACGGCAAACCGAGGAUUCUGUCUCUCGGAGACUUUUUCUUCGUCAGAUGUAAACCAGAGGAUCCUAUUUGCAUAGCGGAGCUUCAGCUACUCUGGGAAGAAAGAACAAGCAAGCAACUUUUAUCAAGCUCUAAACUUUAUUUUUUACCCGAGGAUACUCCCCAGGGACGGACAGUCGCCCACGGAGAGCAUGAGGUAAUUGCUGUGUCUGAGAAGGUGAUUGUGCGGCUAGAGGACCUGGUGAAGUGGACUGUACCAGACUUCUCAGGAUGGGCCCACUGUCUGAAGGCCGAACCUCUCAAACAGUCAGUGCUGCGGGAGCUGGGGACCAACGGGAGGCGGGAGGCCCUCCACCGCUACCGAGAGAGCACCCUGACCAGCGGACUGAACUUCAAAGAUGUCCAGAGGGAGAGGGCACAGCUAGGCCAGGAGGAGGAUGGGUGGAAGGUUUUGGUCCUUAGUUACCCCCAGUAUUGCCGCUACCGCUCAGUUUUGGCGCGACUCAGAGAGCAGCCGUCCUCUCUGUUCAUAGACCACACAGUGCUGGCACUGGGCGGCAUUGCUGCGCUGGGCGGGAGCACAAGGAUCCUGUACUGUCGGGACACCUUCGAACACCCCACUCUGCUGCAGAAUGAGAGCAUCUGUGACGAGUUUGCUCCCAACCUGAAAGGACGACCUCGGAAGAAGAAGCUAUCCAUUUCUCAGAGACGGGACUCCCUGGGUCAGGCUCAGGGCCAAGGGUCAGCGGGGUUAACCCAGGGGUCGGCAGCAGUGGCAGCACAGGACCCCUGCAGCCCAGAGAGCAAAACUACUACCAAGGUAAAACCCAACUGUAAAACGGUACCCAACGGAAAAAUAACCUCGGCGGCCAAACACAAAGCCAACGGCCUCAACAAGAAAUCCUCAGCUGAAGAGAAGGAGAGAGGGAAGGAUAAGGAAAGGGAAAAGGAGGAGAGGAAUGAGAAGGAGGAGAAGAAAGAGGAGGAGACAUCAGAGGAGAGCCGAGCGGAGGAGCAGGCGUUCUUAGUGGAGCUCUACAAGUACAUGAAAGAAAGAGACACGCCCAUCGAGAGGAUCCCCUUCCUCGGCUUCAAACAGAUCAACCUUUGGACUAUGUUUCAAGCUGCUCAGAAACUUGGAGGAUAUGAGCUGAUCACAGUCCGCAGACAGUGGAAGCAUGUAUAUGAUGAAUUGGGCGGGAACCCCAGCAGCACAAGUGCUGCCACAUGUACACGGAGACACUACGAGAGGCUCCUCCUUCCCUACGAGAGGCACAUUAAAGGCGAGCAGGACAAACCCCUCCCCAUGUCCAAACCCAGGAAGCAGGAGGGCGGCCAGGAGAAGGCUUCAGGAGCCAAAGGCAAAGGAGUGGGGGCCAAGAAAUUGAAAGGCCCCAACACUCUCAAGCCAGAGAGUAAAAAAGACGAAGGGGAGAAAGGCCAAGAACAAUCACAGGACACCAAGGAGAAAGAGGAGAAGCUGUCCACAGUCAUAAAACAGGAGAUAUCUCCGACAGAUGAACCGAUCGUAAUAGAAGAAGAAGAGUUACAUCUCACCCUGAAGAAAGAGGAGUCUUUGGCAGUGGAGCAGCCAUCAUCACUCUGCCCAAAAGACCCAGACUGCAGGGCCCCACAUGCUGGUCUACCCCUCCACAUCGGGCCCGGCCCCCAGCCUGAAUGGAGGCAGAUCAGCGAGGCCCUCCAAGCAAAACUUUCCUGUGAACAGCAAACUGAGGCUCAUUUCAUUCCUAAAAACCCCUACCUGCCUCACCGUUGGGAUCAGAACAAACCUGCUGGACAUGUUGCUCUGCCAGAGCCCUCCUCCAGGGUCAAAGACUCCAUAGAAAGUCAUGGUGGGAGAGUGGGGAAGGUGUUACCAAUGUGUAAGCAGGAAGACAGACAGUGUAUAGACUUGAGCACAGAUUCCUUCCCAGAGAAAGAAGACCAUGGGGUCAUUAAGAAGGAGUCUACACAGGGCCCCACACAGGCGGGUGCCUACAGCAAAGCCAGUCAGGGGGUCAUGUCUCCUUUAGCCAAAAAGAAGCUCCUCUCCCAAGUGUGUGAGUCCAACCCUUACUCUUUUACUUCUCCUUCUGUUCAGCCUCCACCUCCCACUGCUGCUUCAUCUCUCCCUGUCAUAUCAGUGGCUGAAAGGGAGAAGGAGAAGAGAAAGGAUGAGGAGGAGGUGCUCGCACAGAGGCUCGGGAGUGUGUCAGACAACAUCCCAGAGGUACCGCCCAUAUUCAGGCCAUCAGUCAUCCAGCAUGCCCAGAGCAGCAAACCUCAGCAACAAGCCACCAGGGGCCUAUCAGAGAGGAGCACUGCCGGCGAACUUUCAGAGACUUACAGCUGCCGGACAAGCCAUCACCUUCAGCCGCAAGUCAAUCCGCCAUGGCAGCCCUAUCUCACUCGAAACCAUACCCAGGAUGGUGUGGAGAACACUGGGGAGACGCUACUCCAUGGCCCGGCUGCUCAGCCCCGGAGCUACGCAAGCGACUGCUACUCCUCCCCUCACCUCCACAGUCUGUACAGGCAAACUGAGAACUGCCUGAGCCAGGAGAGAAUGGCCAGCUUCCCCAACGGAGAGCGGAGAGAGCACUACACCAGGGACCGUGAAGGCAACCAGGGCUUUGUCUGUGGCAGCCUGGAGCAAGAGGGCUUGGCCUACAGAUCUCAUUACAGUGACAGGACUCAAACACAUGGAGAGAGGAGGGACGCAGAAGAUGAGCCCAGAGACUAUACAAUCGCUAAACCUCUCUCCCAGAGAGUUUCCUCCUUCUCCAAGCCCUCUUUCUGCAGUCUCCCAUAUUCCAUCUUGCACCAGGGUUUGGACUCCCACCCCAAAGCAUGCCGAGUUCCUCCUAUGACCAUCUCUCCCCCCAAACAGAGCCCCGCAGAGUCAUCGCAGCCAUUUCCCAGCCCCAAAGCUUCAAGUGAUUCGGCCCUCACCAGCCCCAUUCGUCCCAGUAAGCGCAGCCUAGUGGAACCAGAGAGUGAGGAGGUCCCAGAAAGGAAAGUCCGUGUGGUGACACCAAUCCACCCCACUGGCACGAUUCGACGCAGCGACCCAGAAGAGCUAAAACCAGCUGAGCCGGCCCAUGCCAUUCACCUCAACAACCAUCUCCCUGAGGGACACCCAACAACUAACUACCCCCCACUCCACGCCGCUCCCUUCUACCCUGGCAUGUACCCACCCGGCAGCCUGGUCUCACCAGGAGCCCAGGACAGUCUCCAACAGCACCCGGGUCUGCAGUACCUGAAGAGCCAGUCAGCAGUGUCUCCCCUCGUGCCCCCGUUAGCCUUCCACUCCAUGAUGCUCCACAGGCAACUGCUGGCCUCCAGCCCCAGCCCGCACCACUUCUACAGGCAUCCGGGCGGGGCAGCACUGUACGGGGACCUGCUGCACCACCUGUACCCUCUCUCCACCCUCCCGCCACCUCAGCUGUCCUCGGUACACCCCAGCACCAGACUGUGAUGACAGAGAGACUAGAGUUUAUCUGCGCCCCCCCUCCACCCCCAAACUCCUUCAUCCACUGAAACCUUUUCAGCUUCUCUUUGUCUUUCUGUGUCUCUUGCUCGGGGAUUGUGGCUCAAUCGGAAGAAAACACUGAUUAUAAAACUUUGACUGACGGACUGACAAACUCACAAGUCAGGCAGAGUGAAAAUUCCAUCUUUUUUUUUUUUUUUUUUUAAUUGUGUAUGCAUUUUUUAUAUACUUUGCACUGUUCUUUGUUUUUAUCACCACUUACUGUAUCUCUUUUUGUUGUUGUUGUUGUUGUUGUAUCCAUAUUUGCACAAUGCUCUUGUGUAUGUGCUCACAGAUCAGUUUGUCGCUCUCAGUCGCCAUGAGUCAGGUUGUUGCUCAGGAUGUGUGAAAAGUGGAGGGCAACAGAGAAAAGCCAUUUGUUUACCGCAUCUGAGGGCUAAACUUUUUUGCUUAAAAACACUACAAGUAACAUGACGAUGUAAAUAAAAUUCUUUAUAUAACCAGAGGUGCGUUCACCGUCGCAAGCGAUAUUCAGCAGCCGUUAAGCGCAUUAUUUCACUUUAGGCAGCCAGUGGUGUUGCAUCUGUUUACAUGUCUCCACGCUGACAGUUGCUGCCUGUUUGUGCCACAGUAAGUCCACUUGGAUGGACUCCUUGGAUUAGACAUUAACACUCACCACGGUGCUGCAUAACAUGGUUUCAUCCUAACAUUCAGAGGUGCUGUGUGUAACAGAUGUACUGUAGACUCACUUCACUCAGUUCAGGUUGUUAUUCAUUAAAUUGUAUUUCAGUUAAGAUCAUAUGACACAAGCAGUUGUCAUGUUCAAUCUGUUGACAAAUCAUGAAUGUUUUUUGUUUUUGAUAGAGUUAAUGAAAAGCCUUUUAAUUCUUUUUUUUUUUUUUUUUACUUUCCAAACUGAAAGUAUGUUGACCCCGAAAGCCUUUGUGAUGAGUAGACUGUAGCAGCUUGUUUUUGUCUGUACGACCAGCAUAAUGAAGCAGCUGUCUGCUGUGGAAUGCUCACCACAAGAAAUCAGCAUUUCAUCUUUUUGUUCUUGACUUGAAAAGCUUUUUUUUUUUUUUUUUGGUGAACAGAUGCUUUUAUUCAAGACGUUGAAAAGACUCACUGUAUGAUUUGAUAGGAAUGUUGUCACAUAGGAUAUUAUUGCUUUGCAAAUAUCUGUGCCUUUCGCAGUCUUGGAUUAGAGUUAGCACUACAGUUGUUAAGGUUUAUCUUCUGUAGCAGGGUAGAAAUAUCAAUAUUACUGUCACUCUUGUCUGAAACGCAGCACACAGACACUCAUACAUAAACUAAAUGGCACACUUGGCUAUCAGACACCAGACUUGAUAGGUGUUUUAAAUUUAAACAGUUACGCUAUGACCUAUUGGUUAGUAUGUGCUUAAAUAAAUCUAUGUAAAUUAGCUUAACUGAGUCAGGCAGUCAAUUAUACAAGAUUUACUGAUAGUUGAUAUUGACACAGGUCUGGUGUAUGUCAUCUGCAAGGGUGUGUGUGCUCGACGUAUUUUCUUGCGGUGAUGAAAAGGGACUGGACUCCAUAAAGUAUGCCUACCAUGCUCCAUAGCCUGAGGUGGAAAGACAACACCUGCUCUGGCUUUUACAACCACUAUAAUUGCAAUCCAGGAUAGUCGAAAUACACAGUCAACAUGUCUGGUGUUUCAAAAGAAGAAGAAGAAAAAAAAUAAGAAAAGCUGUAAACGUCUACGUGUAAAGUUUUACUGAAUACUUAAAGACAUUCAUUUCUGAUUAAGUACUGUACAUUGCUGUGUGUAGGUAAAACUGGCAUUAGUGCUGGCUCCUGUACAGAACAUUCAUACGGGAUCAAAUCAUGACAACCCCUCUCUCUUGUCUUAUUUUCUGUGUAAAUAGCACUGUAGAUAGUAUCGCGUGGUUGUUAUCAUAUAAACUGUUAUAAUCUGUAAAUAAUAUAAAAAAAACAGUAUAAAAGUCGGUUACACAAUCUAGCUGUGCCCUUGCUUGCUCUGUUUCAAGGUCACCGUGAUCACGUUAGAUUUAAACAAACACUACAAUUUAAGAAUUAGGAUACUCUUUUUCUUUUCUUUUUUUUUUUUUUUUAUUUGUUGUUGUUUCACUUUUUUUUCCCCACAUUGUUUCCAUAAAUGUGCAUCCUGAAAGUGUUUUUGAUACAGUAGCCAUCUGUUUACCAAUCACCCAGCUGGCGAGCAAGACGAAAAAAUAAAGACAUUUUGUAUGAUAUGACCUCCUGUAUAUUUAAUUAAAAUAUUUUACUAUCUA